AUGCGAGCCCGCCGUCACCUUGUCUUCACCUUGCCAUCGACCCUGGCGCGGUGGUGCCCGCGUACCGGUACCCACGCUUUCCAAGGUCCUUCUUUCUUUUGCGUAGCCCAUACGUGCCGCCAGCCGACUGUUAGCAGCGUAGGUAAUGCCAGCCUCCGCGAUCACGAGCAGGGCGAACCCGCCCGCCCAGCUUGCGCGGCGAACGUCACGGCGCACGGUCUCGAAUGCGGUAGCUUAAUCGCCGGGCCUGCCAAAAUCACGACCGGCAUCUCCGGCAUCCUCAACCUAAGUUAG